AUGCCCAACCUCUCCUUGUACCCCCAGGGGUUCCCCAAUCCCUCCCAACUCACCUUGCACACCAAUCCAUGCUCCACAUUCCCCAAUACUGCUCUUGCGGAACUACCCCGCAUGGAGCCAGAGAAUGAGGAUGCUGAAGACCUCACUCUGGCCCAGGCAAUUACCUUGCUUGCCAGAUUGUCCAGACAUAGCCCCAACAGCACUUCCGCAUGCACCAAGAUUAGAGAGCCAGACACCUUUGAUGGCUCCAAUCCCAGGAAGCUCCGCUCCUUCAUUGUGCAGUGCCAGCUGGACUUCAAUAACCAUCCAGGCACAUUCCAAACUGACCGAGCGAAAAUCAACUACGCUAUCUCUUUCCUUAAGGCAGCUAGAAAACUAAAAAUUAUAUCUACUAUUCAAGUUCCGACAGUCUCAAGCUCAAUGACAGUACAGACAUGGGUGUUCAACUGA